UGUGUGUGCCGUGGUGUCCGCUGGUCGUGGUUCCCUCGACUUGGCCUGUUGUGGGCGAGCAUUUCGGGGCCUGCGGGGCUGGGCGCCGUCCGGCCCGGCCGGCAGCCAGCGCGAGCGAGUUGUUCAGGGGAGGGUUCGCGCAGGCCGGGCGGAGGCUGGGAGUGGGACCCGCGAGCUCGAGCCGCGGAGCCCGCGGCCUGGGCCGGAGUGGCCGAGCGGCCGGCGGCGGUGCAGUGCCCGACCGUCUGCAGCGCGCGGCAUAGCGAGUUUCCGGGAGAGCCGUGGGCCUGAAGGGAGUUUGUGCCGUAGGCCCAGAGCCGGCUCCUCGGUCCCAGUGGCUUCGGGAGGCGCAGCGGAGGGACCCGAGAGAGGAGCGCGCCGGAGGAGCAGCCCCCGGACCGGAGCCUCGGGAGCCGGGGGCCUGUCAGCUAGUGUCGACGGGGUCCGCCUCCACUGUCACAGUCCUGCACGUUGUUCCAAGAGCAGCAGAAAAUGAAUCAGCCCCUGGUCCGCCUCCACUGUCACAGUCCUGCACGUUGUUCCAAGAGCAGCGGAAAAUGAAUCAGCCCCUGGGGCCAGUGUCAUUCAAGGACGUGGCUGUGGACUUCACCCAGGAUGAGUGGCAGCAGUUGGACCCUGAGCAGAAGAUAACCUACAGGGAUGUGAUGCUGGAGAACUACAGCCACCUCGUUUCUGUGGGGUGUCACAUUAUCAAACCGGAAGUUAUCACCAAGUUGGAGAAAGGAGAAGAGCCAUGGAUAGUGGGAGGAGAAUUCCUACUUCAGAGUUACCCAGAAGAAGACUGGGAAGCCCAUGAUCUGAUAGAGGGAGCCCAGGAAAAUGAAGACAAACAUUCAAGGCAAACCGAAUCUGUCAACAACAAAACCCUGAUUGAAGAGAGAGCAAUGAAUUAUGAUAUAAUUUGCACGUGGCAGAGCAGAAAGAUUGGAAGAACCUGGGACCUGGGCAAUGCUCUUGAGCCACUGAACCAGCCAGCCAUGUAGCCAUUCCACCUCUGGACUGUUUCUUUUCUGAAAGACUAAAUUUAUUUUUAAGAUGAUUGAUUUAGGUUGUUUUUAGGGAUAACUAAAGAUACAGAGUUUGUAGGAGUUACGCGAUUGAGAAGUGGACUUUAGGCAAAUCAUUUAUUUUGAGCUGUUGAUUUCGAAAUUACCUUAUUUUCUGUAAAUUUUGGUGUAAAUAGUUUAAGCAUUAGAAAACCUGAAACCAUUAAAUGUGUAUGUUUUUCUAAAUUGUUAUGUUACUGACCUAAGAACCUCUGGAACCUGAUACGAUGUCAGGUAUAUCUAUCUUUUGGUAAUGCAUGACAUAAAUUUUGUUUAGGUUAAUUUGUUAUUCAUGGAUCAUUGCUAUCAUGUUGUUGACAAUAUAUGGUGUCAGGUAAGGACCUACUUCUGUUGUCCAGUGAUUAGCCUGAUACCCUGUAUUAUUUGAGUAAUUCACCCCUUACCACGGAGAUGAAAUGCCAUGCUUCUCAUGUAUUUCUGUCACUCAUGGCACCUGUUUUUUGUUGCUUAUCACUUUUCCACCAUAUGAUCUUGAGUCUGCUACAUAACAGGAAUUAAAAUUCUGGUAGAGUGUAUAAUAGUUUUGUGUAGCAACUAUAUUUGUUGAAAUGAUAUUUGCAGAGGUUUCCUACACUAGAGGGAAGUAGCUUAAAUAAACAGUAUGCAUUUUAAGUAAAAUAUUUGAAAAGUUUAAAUGGUUUACCACAUUCUUUUUCUCUUAUGGAGUGCCUGACAUGAAAGGGUCCUGUACAUGUAAGUGGUCCUCAACUGCCUCUUCAGUAAUGCAGUCGUGGGAUUUCUUUAUUGUUUCAGAGAUGUCAGUGUUUUCAUAUUAUUACAUCUUUGAAAUUAGGAUCUAUAGCAUGUUCUGAUUCAACUGGCAUUGAUUUUUUUUCUUUCUUAGAGGUACUUAAAAUAAUGGGUUGUCUUAGAUUUGAUGGAAUGCAAUAUUUGAAAAGUUUUUAACUAUUCCUGGCAAGGCCUAAGUUCAUGAAAGAAGGCACCACAGGGGAUGGUUCUGUUUCCCCACCCAGCAGCAAACCGAAUGUGGAAUUGGGCAGAGCGGGAGUACUUGCUCUUUAUACACAGUGACCUCAUACUGUGGAGUGUAAGCAGAUUUGGAACUCCCAGGGGGUUUCCAAGGGCUGAGCAGGAGGUCGACCCCUCCUGGCACAUAGAGGUGAGAUUCCCCCAGUUUUUUUGGUCUGUUUUUUCAGUUAUCCUAGUGUUAGUGAAAUGGUGGUUCAUUUGAUGCUUCUGUGGCCUCUCAAACAGGUCAAAAUGAAGACCAUUCCUAACACCAGGGCCCUCUUCUGAGGCAACAGUCACCCUCUCUUUAUUCCACCUCAGCGUGGCUGGCUGGGCUGUCCACUCUAGCGCCCCAAAGAAAGUUGUAUGGAUAGAUACUGGUAAGGAUGUAUUGGUAUGUUUGUAUACUGUGGAAAUAUGUAAAAUGAUACAGGCAUCUGGGAAACUAACCUGGAAAUACCUUUUAAAUUCAAUAUGUGUGCUUUAUCAUGCAGUAGUACCCCAAUCUGUUGAUAGAUCCCAGAGAACUUCUAUACACAGGAGGAUGUAUAUACAGGGAAUUUCACCACAGCAGGACUUUUGAGAUAUCCUAGGUGACUGUCAUUAGAAGAGGUGAGUAAAAUGUGGAUCAAGCAGUGGGGUGGUGUCCAGCAGUUAGCAGUGUGUGCUUUGUUGUAGCACAGCUGAUUAACCCUUUUAGAUAUGAAUGAAAGAAAAAUGGAUGGAAUGAGAUUUCGUGCAACUAAAAAAUGUUUACAUCAAAGUUACACACACACCCUCAUAGAGGCUACAGUAGUAUGUGCUUAAGGUCAUACCUUCAUCAGUGUGAGUACCUGUGGGGGAAGGGAUGGAAUUGGGGUUUGGCAUGAAGAAACAGUGGGGUCCACACAGAAACCAAUGCUGAUAAUAAGUAUGUUUUUAACUGAGUAGUACAGUUAACACUGUGCCCAGGACUCCUCCAGAAAUAUGAAAACAUGCACACAGGAAAAGUAAAGGCCCCUAAUUAAAAUCCCCAAUAAUGUUUUAUUCUGUUCAGUUUUAGCCAGAAUUUUAUAGCUUAGGUACCUAAAUGGUGCCUCCUGUGCCUUUUCUGGCAACUUCUACCCAAGCCAACUUUCAGGAAAAUGGCACAGCUGCUUGUAAACGUUCUUAUGAUGAAAGAGUUAUACAUGUGAGUAUCUGCAUCACUUUGUAGAACUCAGUGUAAUAAACUGGGCUGCUGACUGUA